AGCAGCUCCGAAUAAAGAUUCGCUCAUCGUCCUUCAGGGAGCGAACAAGGCGGGGAAGAGCACGUGGAUGCACUUUUUGUCCCGAUACCUCACUACGGACCAGUCCUUCGAGUCCCAGGCGGGAUCGAUUCCGUCGCUGCAUGAGCUGCUUUCGCUAGUGCAGUGCAUGACGAGCCAACCCGGGAUCACGCACGAUUUCGAAUCCAGGCUCGAUCUCCAACUCACGUUUCAGUUCCCAGCGUCGGGUAAAAAAGCCGUCGCCGUCGGAUGCAGUCUCAGCGUAGGCCAGAUGGGUGCGCUCUCCCCAGCGCAGUUCUACGCCCGACGGCCUUCCUUUGCGAUCUUUCGGCUGUUAGACGAGGAGUUCCAGGUCGAGGGCCGGCACAAUUGGUACGAUAAGAGAAGGCAUCGCAGCAGC